CCCCCCCCUCCCCGGAGCGCACUGAGGACUGAUUCUAUUCCAGGGGAGCAGGAGGCGGCGGCGGAGCGGCCCGCGUCCCUCCAUCUUUGCGGCGGACGCUCGGCGAGCAGCUUCCAUCUUGAGAGACGAUGGCGAGCGACUCCCCGGCGCGCAGCCUGGACGAGAUCGACCUGUCUGCUCUCCGGGACCCAGCUGGUAUCUUUGAGCUGGUCGAACUGGUUGGAAAUGGCACCUACGGGCAGGUCUACAAGGGUCGACAUGUCAAAACGGGACAGCUCGCUGCCAUCAAAGUCAUGGACGUCACAGGAGAUGAGGAGGAGGAGAUUAAAGCAGAGAUCAACAUGUUAAAGAAGUACAGCCACCACAGGAACAUAGCGACCUACUACGGAGCCUUCGUCAAGAAGAACCCUCCCGGGGUGGACGACCAGCUCUGGCUGGUGAUGGAGUUCUGCGGCGCCGGCUCGAUCACCGACCUGAUCAAGAACACCAAAGGGAACUCUCUGAAGGAGGAGUGGAUCGCCUACGUCUGCAGGGAGAUCCUCCGGGGUCUGACCCACCUCCACCAGCACAAGGUCAUCCACAGAGACAUCAAGGGUCAGAACGUGCUGCUGACCGAGAACGCAGAGGUCAAACUAGUGGACUUUGGUGUGAGCGCUCAGCUGGACCGCACAGUGGGACGGAGGAACACCUUCAUCGGGACGCCGUACUGGAUGGCGCCCGAGGUCAUCGCCUGCGACGAAAACCCCGACGCCACCUACGACUUCAAGAGUGAUCUGUGGUCGCUCGGUAUCACAGCGAUUGAGAUGGCAGAGGGAGCACCACCUUUGUGCGACAUGCAUCCAAUGAGAGCGCUCUUCCUCAUCCCCAGAAACCCCGCCCCCAGACUAAAGUCUAAGAAGUGGUCGAAGAAGUUCCAGUCCUUCAUCGACAGCUGCCUGGUGAAGAGCCACAGCCAGCGGCCGAGCACCGAGCAGCUCCUCAAGCACCCCUUCAUCCGGGACCUCCCCAACGAGCGGCAGGUCCGCAUCCAGCUGAAGGACCACAUCGACCGCACCAAGAAGAGGAGGGGGGAGAGGGAUGAGACAGAAUACGAGUACAGCGGGAGUGAAGAAGAGGACGAAGAGAGAGACGUUGGAGAGCCCAGCUCCAUCAUCAACAUCCCCGGUGAGUCCACCCUGAGGCGGGACUUCCUGCGCCUGCAGCUGGCCAACAAGGAGCGGUCGGAGCUGAUCCGGCGCCAGCAGCUGGAGCAGCAGCAGAACGAGGAGCACAAGCGCCAGCUGCUGGCCGAGAGGCAGAAACGCAUCGAGGAGCAGAAGGAGCAGAGGAGGCGGCUGGAGGAGCAACAGCGGCGCGAGCGGGACAUGAGGAAGCAGCAGGAGCGGGAGCAGAGGCGGAGGUACGAGGAGAUGGAGCAGCUCCGUCGGGACGAGGAGAGGAGGCACGCGGAGAGAGAGCAGGAGUAUAUCCGUAGGCAGCUGGAGGAGGAGCAGAGGCAGCUGGAGAUCCUGCAGCAGCAGCUCCUGCAGGAGCAGGCCUUACUGCUGGAGUACAAGAGGAAGCAGAUCGAGGAGCAGCGGCAGGCGGAGCGGCUGCAGAGGCAGCUGCAGCAGGAGCGCGCGUACCUGGUGUCGCUGCAGCAGCAGCAGCAGCAGGACCCGGCGCGGCCGCCGCAGGACAAGAAGCAGCUGUACCACUACAAGGACCAGGCGCCCGGCGCCAACGACAAGCCCACCUGGGCCAAGGAGGUGAUGCAUCGAGCUCAGAGCAACUCGCCCCGCAUCCCCCCCAAGAAGUACCACUCCUUCACGGACCGGGACGUCAGCCUCGGCAACCUCCUCCAGCUCCCCGGUUACAAACCUCGCCGCCCCCCCUCCUACCCGGCCCACGACAGCCCCCCAAUGGCUAACGUGCACGUGCCUCACAUCCGGGUCACCUGUGUGCCUCAACCGGAACCGCGGCAGCAGGACCUCCGGAGGAGCCCCAACAGGAGCCCCGCCCCCAGGGGGCGGAGCCCCGACCGGCGGGUGGAGGAGCAUUAUAAGAUGAACAGACAGACUUCUCCUGCGUUGCAGCACAAAGUCUCCAACCGGAUCUCGGACCCGUCGCUGCCCCCCCGCUCAGAGUCCUUCAGCAGCGGCGGCAUCCAGCAGGCCCGGACCCCCCCGACGCACCGCUCCAUCGAGCCCCAGAUGGCCCACCUGGUGCAGGUGAGGAGUCACGGUCUGUCCGGCUCUCAGUCCCUGUACGACCCCCACGGCGUCUCCUCCUCGGCGUCGCCCUCCCCCUCCCGGCCUCCCAUGCCCCGGCAGAACUCCGACCCCACCUCCGACACCCCUCCUCCCCCGUCCCUCACCCGCCUGGCGCCCCCCCUCGACAAGCUGGACCGCAGCUCCUGGCUGCGGCAGGACGACGACAUGCCGCCCAAGGUUCCUCAGAGGACGACCUCCAUCUCUCCCGCUUUGGUCAGAAAACACUCACCUGGAAACGGACCCGGCCUCGGGCCUCGACCCGGAGCUCACCUCAUACGGGCCAGCAACCCUGACCUGCGGAGGACCGACGUUGCCAUGGAGACGCCCCUGAAGAGGACGAGCAGCGGCAGCUCCUCCAGCUCCAGCAACCCGAGCUCCAAGGGAGGCUCCAACGAACGAGGUAAUUCAGCCGCUCUGACCGAAGGCUCAACUCCUUCGACCCACGAGACCAAAGACGACGGCAGAGAGCUGACGCGACCCAGCAGGCCUGCAAGUUAUAAGAAAGCUGUAGACGAGGACCUGACGGCUCUGGCCAAGGAGCUGCGAGAGCUGCGUCAGGGCGAAGAGACCAGCCGCCCCCCCGUCAAGGUGACGGACUACUCGUCCUCCAGCGAGGACUCGCAUAGCAGCGAGGACGAGGAGGGGGAGGGCGGCGCCAACGACGGGUCGGUGGCGGUCAGCGACAUACCGCGCAUCAUGCCUGCAGCGAGUCAAGGUCCCAACGAGGCCUUCGCCAUGACGGGGGGCCACAACGACGCUCACCACGACGCGUACGGAAACAGCUCCCAGGACAGCACGCUGAUGAUGCGUGAGAGGCACGGGGGACGGAGGCGGAGCUCCGCCGCCAGCAACGGUUUCCCUGGCAACGCCAAUCUGUUCCCCGGCAACGCCAAUCUCCCUGAUCUGGUGCAGCAAAGCGCCUCCCCCCUGGUCUCCCCAGGCGACGCCUCUGGGGCGCAAUACGGGAUGGCCGGCAGCGGAGGCUCCAAGUCUUCCUUCACCCCCUUCGUAGAUCCCAGGGUGUACGGGACGUCCCCCACCGAGGACGACGAGGACGAGGACGACGAGGACAACAUCUCGGCCUCAGCGCUGUUCUCCGACGAGGUGCUGAAGCACGAGCACGACCUGGAGCAGGCGAGGCUCAACGAGGCCCGGAAGAUCUCCGUGGUCAACGUGAACCCCACCAACAUCCGGCCGCACAGCGACACGCCGGAGAUCCGCAAGUACAAGAAGCGCUUCAACUCCGAGAUCCUGUGCGCCGCCUUGUGGGGCGUGAACCUGCUGGUGGGCACGGAGAACGGGCUGAUGUUGCUGGACCGAAGCGGUCAGGGCAAAGUUUACAACCUGAUCAACCGACGGCGCUUCCAGCAGAUGGACGUCCUGGAGGGGCUCAACGUCCUGGUCACCAUCUCAGGGAAGAAGAACAAGCUACGUGUUUACUACCUGUCCUGGCUGAGGAACCGGAUCUUACACAACGACCCCGAGGUGGAGAAGAAACAAGGCUGGAUCACCGUAGGGGAGCUGGAGGGCUGCGUCCACUACAAAGUCGUGAAAUACGAGAGGAUUAAAUUCUUGGUGAUUGCUCUGAAGAACGCGGUGGAGAUCUACGCCUGGGCCCCUAAACCGUAUCACAAGUUCAUGGCCUUCAAGUCCUUCACCGACCUGCAGCAUCGCCCGCAGCUGGUCGACCUGACGGUGGAGGAGGGGCAGAGGUUAAAGGUCAUCUACGGAUCCAGUGUCGGCUUCCAUGUCAUCGAUGUGGACUCUGGAAACCCCUACGACAUCUACAUCCCCUCACAUAUUCAGGGUCAGGUGACCCCGCACGCCAUCGUGGUUCUGCCCAAGACGGACGGCAUGGAGAUGCUGCUGUGCUACGAGGACGAGGGCGUCUACGUCAACACCUACGGACGCAUCACCAAAGACGUGGUGCUGCAGUGGGGCGAGAUGCCCACCUCCGUCGCAUACAUCCACUCCAACCAGAUCAUGGGUUGGGGAGAGAAGGCCAUUGAGAUCCGCUCCGUGGAGACGGGACACCUCGACGGAGUUUUCAUGCACAAGCGAGCUCAGCGACUGAAGUUCCUGUCGGAGAGGAACGACAAGGUCUUCUUCGCCUCGGUGCGUUCCGGAGGCAGCAGCCAAGUCUUCUUCAUGACCCUCAACAGAAGCUCCAUGAUGAACUGGUAGCCUUCCUCCUCCUCCUCUUCGUCCCUCUGAGAAUCGCCCCCGACACCGGUAGAGGAGGACACCGUGUGUGUGUGUGUGUGUGUGUGUGUGCGUGUGCGUGGAGGAAACCAACGAGCUGCUGAAUGAACGCUUGACCCCCCCCCCCCCCAAUGACAUCAUGCCGGGUAGCCUUUUUUUAGUUGUGACUUCCCCCGUUGGACAGUGCGUGAGCCGUGGAGACGUCCUCCGUGUAGCACGUGGACGGGUCGUCCUCGGCGGGUGUUCACGCUGCGAGCGCGAGUCUCUGGUCGUUAACGUAGCAUCAAAAGAGGACAAAAACACGUCUUAGAUCUCCUUUCAGGAGGAGCCCUCCCUGGUUUUAGCGCUCCAGUGUCCAACAUGACCUGCAGGUCCAUUGAAGUGUCCCCCGAUGUCCCCAUGUCAGAGUUUAGGGUCGGACAACCUGACAUUCCUCACACCCCGAUUCUCACUUUGAUGGACUGAUCUUUUACCUUUUUAAAAAAUGCAUUUAUAUAUAAUAUUUAUGUACUUGCAUGUAUGGUUUCAUGUUCAUGUAUUUAAUUAUGAACAUGAGACCUUUACAGAAACUAAACAACAAAAAAACGAAUGUGGACGCGCGUCAUUUUCAGGCAACGCUUGAUGCCCCGGAUCAGAUGUUCAGGUCAUAAACACCGUCUUCAUCAUCUCGACCACUUCAACGGAUCUAUUCUCCAAACUCGUAGCAAAACCUUUCAGAGGCGUCUUCUUCUUCUCUGGUUCUUCUUCUCUGGUUCUUCUUCUCUGGUUCUUCUUCUCUGGUUCUUCUUCUCUGGCUCUUCUUCUCUGGUUCUUCUUCUCUGGCUCUUCUUCUCUGGUUCUUCUUCUCUGGCUCUUCUUCUCCGGCUCUUCUUCUCUGGUUCUUCUUCUCUGGCUCUUCUUCUCCGGCUCUUCUUCGCUCCGUCGGGUGUUUUUGUCAACGGGCUCGAUGCUCUCGGUGUGAACACAUCGUCCCCCUUCAGUAGUCACACGGGGGGGGGGGGGGGGUUGAGGAUGCUGUGGCUGCCCUGGGGGAGAGGAAGUAGUAGAUUCGGUAUUAUUGGUGCAACAAAAAAACACAUCUCCACCUUGUUUUUGGGGAAGAACUUGGCGUCUCGUAGUUGGUGGAUCAUCUGGAGGUUUUCUAGCCCCCCCUCCCCCCCCCCCCCCCACUCGUUCUGUGUAGCCGCACUUCUUGUAAAUACUCACUUUGAUGUUGACAGACUGCAAAAAAGUACAUGGGGGAAACAGAAGAAGAAAAAAAAGAGUCUUUUGUUCCGUUAUGCUUCUGUAGCUCGGUUCCUCUCGGAUGCUUUUUCCCCCCUUUGGUUUUGUGGAGGCAGAGACUUGCACAAAGGUCUGAUCAGCACUCCGACUCUUUCCUUCCCUCCGUAGUCCAUCACUGUGCCAUUUUUGCAUGGUGACAAAAACACGUUUUUACCUGUCGUCACUUGUUAUGAAUUGUAGGUUUUAAAGGCAAUACAGGGACUGGUGACUGUAGACGCUGCACGCUGAGAGUCCAACUUUACACCAGUCCUGAGGCGGUUUUUCUUAUGCUUUUCUUUUUCCUCACAUCACUGAAGUGUAAAGUGAAAGUUUUUUUUUGUUGAAAAUUGUAAGAAUCAGCUUAGCAUGUGGGCUUUUUAUCUCACGAUUAAACCAAGAUUGUACACUGGAUAAUCACACGUUUACCUUUUAGAUUUAUAUAUUAAGCUUUUUUUUUUCUUCUUUUGUCGAUGCUUAUAAUUUCACUUUCUUUUUUUAUUUACCCGGUCUCCGUUAAGGGCCGGUGUUUAUGGGAUAUCGGAUCCGGCUGUGAGAGGAAAGCGGAUCCACCCUUACCUGAUAUUUAUGUUCUGGUUCAUUGAUCUUAAAGGGUGCGAUCGGUGCCGCUUCGAGGCUGAAGCCUUUUACAUGUGCAGGAUGUUAGCAUUGACCCUGUGAAUAAAGGUCAGGAGGCGGGGUCAGCGUGAGGGACCGUAGAUUGAAAAAUAAUAAAAAGAUAUAUAUACUGUAAGAAUUUUCAUUAUAUCUUACCGAUCAUUUUAGAGAAAGACAAAAAAAACUUGUUAAAUCUUAGUUGUCUUUCUACACAAUAGAAAACAUAGCUAUAAGAAUUUCUAAAAAAAAAAAUACAAUGUUUUUAUUGUGGUAUAAUUUGUAUUUGUAUUUCAAUUUUUGUACGUGUCAAGACUGUGAACGUAUGUACGGCUGCCAGCCUGUGAGUGUGUGUGUGUGUGUGUGUGUGUGAGAGAGCAGGUGCGUGCACAGGUGUGUGACAUGCAUGCGAGUGUAUGUUUUCACCUCGUCUGAAUCAGUCGAACGACGACCUCAAUCUGGUGACGCACAUCUGUGACGUUGGAAACUACAAAUAAAUGUCCUCCUUGUACAGCAACA